GAUCGCUAGAAUCAUCUGUUUACAAGGCGUUGAAGUAACUGGAAGUGCUGAAGUCCUGUCAUGUGAAAGUAUACCUAAAUUGCCCGAAAUCUCCCUCUAAAUCCUUCUGAUCCGCCAAUGGACGCCUGAAAGAUGGCCCAGUGCAAGCUAACCCCACAUGAGUUCAUCCAGAAUGCUUUCGCGCCCCAGAUAGCGAUUUUGUGCAGUGAAGACGCGGAUAACCUUUGCCUGAAAAAUAAUUUGAGAUUCGUCGAGCUCAUCCAGCCCUUCUGUAGACUCAACAAUGAGACUCGCAUCGCUGAUCCAGCCGGAAACACAGUCCCCAUUCGUAAUCUGCGGGUGGUGUUUGAAGAUAUGAACAGGCGACCCCCACAACCAACAUUGGGCAAAAAGCUCCUUAAUGAAGUUGUGGGCACAACACCUUGGGACAGACCUGUGACCAAAACUAUCAGUGCCUCGGGGACUCGCAGUGGGCUGGAGCUGGAGCUGCAGUCCACGACCCCUUGGUUUGAAGCAUGGAGGGACACCUUUCUUCAUGUGCAGUACCCCUCUGAUCAUGAAUUCACAAAACAUUACAUCGCUUGCAUAGUGGUUGUCGCUUCGACCAGUGAAAACCCAAUGGACCAGCUGAAUCGCUUGUCACAGUACCAACACCAGCAGCAGCAUCAAACACCAGCUCGUUUUCCAAAGUGGUUUUCUCCUAAUAUCCUCAAGUAUUAUCUUCUCAUUCAUGAUGUUACAGUUGGAGACCUCGCUAAGUCAGAGCAGAUUUUUGAACAGAUGUGUAGCAUGUAUGGCAGCAACAAUUGCCACUUGUUGCAAAUUAACUCUCGGGCUACAGAUCAGAUGGAUGUUCAUUUGCCUGAUCCUUGGACUCAAUUCCUAAUUCAGAGGGCAUCUAUUGACCCCAGUGGAGGGAGCAGCUCUGAAGCAAGCAGUGGCACUGGCACACCUCGUGAAGAUGUGAGUUGCCUUCCGUCUCGUGUCACAGAGGGAGAUACUACUGACUGCUGUGAACCAAUUCAUCCCUUGUCUCCAACAUUAUCUCCGCCUGCAGAAGAAAAAAAUGGUACUUUUGAUGUAAUGCCUGCUGUGGAGAUUUCAUCUGAUGUGCCUGUAAUGGUGAACAAACCAACACUGCCAACUGGAACUACCCACCAUGGAGGCUGCUUGACUUCCUCAGAUGUGGACCGAAUACGAAUCUUUGUCCAUGAAUUCUGUGUGCGGUCACUGAUCCCCCAUGUGGAGCGGCAGAUCAGGUACUUGAACGAAGUGGUGACCAACAGAUCUCGUUCCAAAUCCCUCUUGAGUGCCACCAGACGCUGGCUAGGGGGCAAUAAGAGCCCAGGUGCUGCUACAAACUCCGUCAUCUACAGCCCUGAGGCAACAGAGCUACAGACAAGGAGACUUGGGGACCUGUGCUUUAUGUUUGGCCUCUAUGAACUGGCAUAUAAUUCAUUCCACACAGCCAAAAAUGACUUCAAAAGUGAUCAGGCAUGGCUGUAUUUUGCUGGUGCACAAGAGAUGGCUGCACUGGCAGCCUUCAUGCACAACAGUGCGGAUUAUCCAAAACGUUAUUUAGAGAGCAGUUUACAGACAUACUUGAGUGUUUGCAAGGUGUACAACUUUGCCAUUCGAUCAACUUUGUUGAGCACAGAGGUCCUAAAACACUGUGGUGAAUAUGGAGAAGCUGCAAUGAUGUUUAUUAAACUGACAUCAGAGGAAAGUGACCUUUUAUCCGCCCUUAUGCUAGAACAGGCAGCUCAUUGCUUCAUCAAUGCCAGAAGACCUCUCCCAAGAAAGUAUGCAUUCCACAUGACUCUGGCCGGCCAUCGGUUUGGUAAAGCAGGGCAACGGUCUCACUCGUUACGAGCAUAUAAACAGGCUUUUCAGAUCUAUGCAACUCGUGGCUGGGUACUCGCUGAAGACCACAUUCACUUCACCUUGGGCAAACAAGCCCACCAUCUGAAGCAGCUGACAGAGGGACUGGCUGCAUACAACAGCUUGGUGGACCAGCGAACCAAGCAGGCUGCUCCUAGUCAGCAAUCCCCUACUCAACAGAUGACCUAUUCCCGAGAGUUCAUAAACACAUACCACCAGUACAUCCAGCAGGAAUGGGACUCAGCAUCAGGGCUGCCUUGUCUUCCACUACCUCUGAUAGAUUCCCAAGCGACAACCAUCCUAUUGGGGUCCCCUCAAGAGGCACCUACAAGCCCUGGCUGGACUGCAGCCUCACAUGUAUCUCUGGACAGUGGGGCCAUUGCUAAUGAUAGAUGGUUUGCCCUGGAGAGGGAGCUGGUUACAGAGACUCAGGGCACACUACCCAUUGUAUUUAGGCCAAAUUUACAAUUGCUUAAUAAGGAUACUCCAAAUACACAGAGUCCCAUGGUUCCUGUAAAUGAGCCUGUUCUAGUUGAACUGAUCAUGAGCAAUCCUCUGGCAGUAAGUCUGAUGAUUACUGAUGUUCAGUUAGUGUUCACUUUCAAAGCAUCUGGUGAUCAGGAAAUGGCUAGUGAUCCUCAAGUCAAACAUUCAAUGUUUAAGGGAUUCAAUCUCCCUGCUGGUGCUCAAGAAAAAGUAAGAUUAGAGCUGUAUCCUGCAUGCACUGGCCAGAUCCUUAUCACUGGGGUUCAGUACAAACUCUCCCUGACCCCUGACCUAGUUGCAGCACCUCCUCCAGGAUCAACAGCAGUGCCUGUUGUCAUUGAAGGCCAGCAA